AUUUAACUAUUUUUUAAAAUUUUACCAAUUUUCAGAGUUUUUACUCAUAGUUAAGUAUUAUUAAUGUUUGAGAAAUAUCCAGAGUUAGUUGAGGCUUGUAAGAAGUGUAAAUUGGAAUUACCCUUUAGUGACUUUGACACUGGUGAAAUUAACCGAAGAUUAGAAUACGUUUCCUGGUUCCUUAAAGAAAGAAAGCCUUUAAACAUGGAACAAUCCCUAGAAUUACUCAACAUGAUAAAAGGUAUUAAGGAGGAUUUGGGAUUUUAACCCAAAAAAAUAAUUUUAAUCAGUAAAUUAAUUUCGUAAAUUGGUACAACAGAGACCAAUUCCAGUCGAAGGUUCGGCUGAAGCAGAAGCCAUUAUAUCACUAACAGUCAAUGAUAAUUUUCUUGCCACUCUA